CUAAUUUGUGCUUGAUCAAAAAUGGACGUGUGUCACAUCACAAUCUACAUUUAUUUAAUGAUCACAACAUCUGUAUCUCCAUCAGAAGGUGAUUCUUUGGAGAUUUUUCCAGCGCAAAUUUUUGGACCUUCCACAGCAAAAGUUGGGGAAAAUGUAGCAUUAACGUGUCUCAUCUCUAACAUUCAGAGCUCAAAUACAGAUAUUCACAUGUAUUUGUGUAAAAAUGGUGUUGGAGAGAGAUUAGAAAUACUUGGAAAUAAAACUGAGCGCACCUUCACUUUGAGGAAUAUUUCAUUACGGGACUCUGGUACCUACAGUUGCGUGUACUCAUUUAAAAGAUAUCUUACAAAGAAUGUCAAAGGAUCAGGAAUGAACUCAAUCCAUGUCCAAGUCACUGGCAAUGCAUUGGAGAUUUUUCCAGCGCAAAUUUUUGGACCCUCCACAGCAAAAGUUGGGGAAAAUGUAGCAUUAACGUGCAGCAUCUCUAACAUUCAGAGCUCAAAUACAAAAGGUUACAUGUAUUUGUGUAAAAAUGGUGUAGGAGAGAGAUUAGAACUACUUGGAAAUAAAAAUGAGCACACCUUCACUUUGAGGAAUAUUUCAUUACUGGACUCUGGUACCUACAGUUGCGUGUACUCAUUUAUAAGAUAUCUUACAAAGAAUGUCACAGGAUCAGGAAUGAACUCAAUCCAUGUCCAAGUCACUGGUGAUGCGUUGGAGAUUUUUCCAGCACAAAUAGUUGGACCCUCCACAGCAAAGGUUGGUGAAAAUGUAGCAUUAACGUGCAGCAUCUCUAACAUUCAGAGCUCAAAUACAGAUGUUCACGUGUAUUUGGUUAAAAAUGGUGUUGGAGAGAGAUUAGAAAUAUUUGGAAAUAAAAAUGAGCACACCUUCACUUUGAGGAAUAUUUCAUUACGGGACUCUGGGACCUACAGUUGCGUGUACUCAUUUAUAAGAUAUCAUCCAAAAAACGUCACAGGAUCCGGAAUUAACUCAAUCAACGUCCAAGUCACUGCUUGUGUUCUUCCAGAUCCACUGUUGGAGAGAAAUAUUUUACGAUUGGUAUUCUCGGUCGGAGUGAUCAUUUUUGCAUGUUUCAUCGUGAUUUUCGACUUCAAGACAAGGUCACGUUCUUCCAGCAAGUUAACCAGCUCAGUCAAAGCCAAGAAUAGAAAUAACUCAUAAAAUUCAACAUGUUUAGUCUGAUGUCAACAUUUUGUUUGUAUUUCAUUUUUUAAGUCAAUUUGGAUAAAAGCGUCUGUUAAAUGAAUGUAAUUAAUGUAAGGUAAAUGUCAACAUUUCAGUCUUGUUUAUCAUCAAACAUGUUUUUUUUUGCUGAUGUACAGUAUGCAACUGAAUAUACAGACGGGUAACUAGUUACAGGUCUGGAAGUGAAAAUUUAUGAGAAUAUUCAGGAGCCGACAUGGUGAAAUGUUUCUUCUGGAAUCACCAAUGGUACUAGAGUAAAAUGGUAAAUGUUCAGGAGAAUUCAGUCAUAGCAGCGUUGUUUAAGCUCAACAGAAGUGAUGAAGCCGUGAUAGAACGUUAAUGUUAAUUAGAAGGCUGUACAAAAAUACCGUAUAUACUGAAAUGUACUAUUACUUUAAUCUUUUUCCUUUAUGUGUAUUUCUACUAUGCAGUGU